GAUAAUCAAGCAUGGAAAAGUCAGCUGCAGCAGCAUACGUCGAUGACACAUCUCUGUGGGAUUCUUUCGGGCUUGACGCUCGAAUCUUGCAAGCCAUCGAUCACUUGGGCUUCAAAAAUCCUACAUUAAUUCAAUCCAGUGCAUUGCCUCUCGCUUUGGAAGAAAAACGAGAUAUCAUUGCUAAGUCGAGUACUGGUUCAGGGAAAACGGCAGCAUAUUGUAUCCCAAUCUUGCAAAAUAUAUUGACGACCGAAGAAGAAGGUAAGUGUGUCAAAAGCAUUAUCUUAGUUCCAACCAAGGAGCUUUCAAAUCAAGUUACGCAAUUCAUCGAAAAACUCUUGGUAUACUGCAAUCACAAAGUCACAUCAGUUAAUUUGUCGUCAAAUGUGUCAGAGUCUGUCCUUAACACAUUGUUGAUGGCCGAGCCUGACAUCGUCGUCUCCACACCUUCGAAAUUAAUUCAAAUAUUGCAGCUGAAUGUCAACACCAACAUGAUCAAAUUGAGUAAAGUGAAAAGUUUAGUCAUAGAUGAGGUUGAUUUAGUUUUGUCUUACGGGUACAUGGAGGACUUGCAGCAACUUGAGACAUUUUUGCCUGUGAAGACAAAUUUGCAGACAUACUUGAUGUCUGCCACCAUUAACGAGGACUUGGAAGAGUUGAAGAGACGAUUCUGUUCCAGACCAGCUGUCUUGAAAUUGAAUGAGGAAAAUUUAUCAAGAUCUAACUUGGUUCAAUACUAUGCUCGCACAACUGAAUUCGAUAAAUUUUUGCUAGCCUACGUUAUUUUCAAAUUGCGUUUAAUUAAGGGAAAGUCUUUGAUUUUUGUCAACACAAUUGACCGUGGUUACAGAUUAAAGUUGUUUUUGGAACAAUUUGGCGUUCGCUGUUGUAUUUUGAACAGUGAGCUACCAGUGAAUUCCAGAAUACACAUUGUUGAUGAAUACAACAAAAAUGUAUACAACUUGUUGAUUGCUACGGAUGAGACAAAUGAUUUUACCGUUGAAAAAGAUGAAGAGGAGGCUGAAAAUGGAAAAAUAAAUGAGCCACCACAAACUGUCGAAGACUCGGAAACGAAAGAGGAGGGUUGUCACCAAACCCCGAAGCAGGAAUCGAAGAAAAGCAAGAAGAAAUCAAAGGCUGUUAAAGAUAGCGAAUAUGGAGUGUCUAGAGGAGUAGACUUCCGUAAUGUCGCAUGUGUACUCAAUUUCGAUAUGCCUACAACCUCGCGUGCUUAUGUGCAUCGGAUUGGGAGAACUGCAAGAGCGGGUAAAGCUGGAAUGGCUUUGUCUUUCAUUGUUCCUGAAAAGGAGGUAGGUAAGCAUAGAGUUGCUGGUGUUGGAACAUCAAAGAAAGAUGAGAAAGUUUUGAAAAGAGUUGAAAAACAGCAGCUGAAAAACGGAUUUGAGAUAAAGCCCUACCAAUUUGACAUGAAACAGGUGGAAGGUUUCCGUUACAGAGCUGAAGAUGCAUUCAAAGCUGUUACGUCUGUCAUUAUCAGAGAGGCUAGAGUGCUGGAAUUGAAAAAGGAGUUGAUUAACAGUGACAAGUUGAAGAGAUUCUUCGAAGAAAACCCUCAGGAUUUGGCAUCUUUGAGACAUGACAAAGAAUACUAUCCAUCUCGUGUCCAGUCGCAGUUGAAAAGGGUUCCAGAAUAUUUGCUUCCAGCAAGUGCGAGAAGCGGAGACAAAAAGAACUUAGGUUUCGUUCCUUUCAAAAAGAAUAAGGUGUACAAAAAGAAGAAGAAGGCAGGAAAGAAGGCUGACCCUCUCAAGGCAGCAUAUAAGGCAUAAUGCCUUCGAUGAACCCAUAUAUUUGCAGGCUCAAUUAUUAUUGAAUUACAUGUAUAUUCAGUAGGAUUACGUGGUUUGCGUUAUCGUGUUAUGUAACAAGCUAAUUCAAUCUGCUGAGAAUGAGAUUCCACACGAAACUCGCAAGGCAAUUAAGGAAAAACAUCAAUUGCGGUGGUAC